GCGCCGCCGCAGUAGCGAGCAGAGUCUCUCGGCGGGGAGGAAGGAUCUCGUCGCAGGCGCGUUCGUCCGAGGCGUUGCGCUCGAGGCUGCGGGCUGGUUGGUGAGCCGAGCUGCCGCCGGGGCUGCUGCUUCCUCCACGUGCUUGCGGCGGCGACAUGGAGCUGGAAGAGUCGGGCAUCCGAGAGGAGUGUGGCGUGUUCGGGUGCAUCGCCUCGGGAGAGUGGCCCACGCAGCUGGAUGUUCCCCAUGUGAUCACCCUGGGGCUCGUGGGGCUGCAGCACCGAGGCCAGGAGAGCGCUGGCAUCGUGACCAGUGAUGGUAGUUCAGUGCCAACAUUCAAAACACAUAAGGGAAUGGGCCUUGUAAAUCAUGUCUUCACUGAAGACAAUUUGAAGAAAUUAUAUGUUUCAAAUCUUGGAAUUGGACACACGAGGUACGCCACUACAGGAAAGUCUGAAUUAGAAAACUGUCAGCCCUUUGUGGUUGAAACUCUUCAUGGGAAAAUAGCUGUGGCACAUAACGGUGAAUUGGUAAAUGCUGCUCGAUUAAGGAAAAAGCUUCUGCGUCAUGGUGUUGGCCUGUCCACAAGCUCCGAUAGCGAAAUGAUUACCCAGUUACUGGCGUACACCCCUCCCCUGGAACAAGAUGACACCCCCGACUGGGUAGCCAGGAUUAAAAACUUGAUGAAAGAAGCGCCCAUAGCAUACUCGCUGCUUAUAAUGCACAGAGACGUGAUCUACGCAGUCCGGGACCCGUAUGGAAACCGUCCUCUGUGCAUCGGUCGUCUCAUCCCAGUGUCUGACAUCAAUGAUAAAGGGAAAAGGGCAUCAGAAACGGAAGGAUGGGUCGUGUCUUCAGAAUCUUGUAGCUUUUUAUCUAUCGGUGCAAGGUACUACCGUGAAGUCUUGCCUGGGGAAAUUGUGGAAAUAUCCAGACAUAACGUUCGAACUCUAGAUAUAAUCCCAACAUCUGAAAGCAACCCAGUGGCUUUUUGUAUCUUUGAAUAUGUGUAUUUUGCAAGACCAGACAGCAUGUUUGAAAACCAGAUGGUUUAUACGGUUAGAUACCGUUGUGGUCAGCAGCUGGCAAUUGAAGCUCCUGUGGAUGCAGAUCUGGUCAGCACUGUUCCCGAAUCUGCUACUCCUGCUGCCCUUGGCUACGCAGCAAAGUGUGGGCUGCCCUACGUGGAGGUGCUGUGCAAGAAUCGCUACGUGGGAAGAACCUUCAUACAACCCAACAUGAGGUUGAGACAGCUGGGUGUGGCCAAAAAGUUUGGAGUGCUGUCGGACAAUUUUAAAGGAAAAAGAAUCGUUCUCGUAGAUGAUUCUAUUGUGAGAGGCAACACCAUCUCACCCAUAAUAAAGUUGCUCAAAGAAUCAGGUGCAAAAGAGGUACACAUUCGAGUAGCUUCUCCACCAAUUAGAUAUCCGUGUUUCAUGGGAAUAAACAUUCCCACAAAAGAGGAGCUUAUUGCCAAUAAGCCAGAAUUUGAUUGUCUUGCAGAGUAUCUUGGGGCCAACAGUGUUGUGUAUCUCUCAGUAGAAGGACUCGUCUCAUCCGUACGAGAAAAACUAAAAUUUCAAAAGCAGAAAGUGAAAAAGCAUGAAGUGAUUCAAGAAAAUGGAAUUGGUCCAGAAAACUUUGAAAGGAACGGCCAUUGCACGGCUUGCCUCACUGGCCAGUACCCUGUGGAACUGGAUUGGUAGCUGGUCCGGGGCAGGCGCAUGGCUUCGACGUACAAAGCUGGGCCAGAAGUGGCAGCGGUGACACAUUUCCUGUUUACUGUUCCUCACCUCAGUUGGUACAAUACAAAACACCACCUGCUCGUGGGCCGGUACGAGUCCUGAAGAUGAUCCGAGUGCUGUAAUUGAACCUCGCCAGCAGCAUGUCA